GGCGUUUUAAUAAAAUAAUAGAAAAAAGAAGGCCCCCUACUAAAACGUCCACACAAAAUCUGCCUCCAUAAAGAAAGAGUCCUCUUCUUCCCCAAACUUCUCUGUAUUUCUAAACAUACCAAAAACAGAGUCAAUACAAACUCUCUCUCUCUCUCUCUUCAAUACUCUCUCUUCAAGCUAGUGCAUUAAUUCCUUUCAUUGUUUACAAUCACCGUAAUCAAAACGUUACCUUUCUUGCUCCUUAUAUUUGCUGAGUUUUCUUGGGAGUACACAACAUGCAACUCGGCCCGAGACCCUCAACGAAAUGAAGCUAAACACAAGCUUUCUUCUUCUUCGUUGAUUUUUAACGGACCCUUUCUUCAUUUUGAUCUUCUUCCUGGGUUUUUUCUUCGAUUUUUAUAUUAGCUACGCUAUCUGAGUUUUCUUUGCUCGCCAAAAAAGGAAAAAAAAACGAUGAGGAAUGUAGAACAAAGCCGGUCUCUAUUUGGGAUUUCCCUCUCCGACAGACCCAGAUGGCAACAAUUUCUCUUGUGCUCUUCCGGAUUCUUCUUUGGUUAUCUCGUCAAUGGUAUCUGCGAGGAAUAUGUGUACAAUAGGCUUCAAUUUAGCUAUGGUUGGUAUUUCACAUUUGUUCAAGGGUUUGUGUAUAUUUUUCUCAUUUACCUACAAGGCUUCAGUACCAAGCAAAUGGUGAAUCCAUGGAAGACUUAUGUAAAGCUGUCUGCCGUUCUAAUGGGUUCCCAUGGCCUCACUAAAGGUUCCUUGGCUUUUCUCAACUAUCCUGCCCAGCUCAUGUUCAAAUCAACUAAGGUUCUACCUGUGAUGAUUAUGGGGGCUUUCAUACCGGGUUUGAGAAGGAAAUAUCCACUUCAUGAAUAUCUUUCUGCUGUUCUUUUAGUUGUGGGUUUGAUUCUUUUCACCCUAGCCGAUGCUCAAACAUCUCCCAACUUCAGCAUGAUUGGUGUUUUAAUGGUAUCUGGUGCUCUAGUCAUGGAUUCUUUUCUGGGAAAUUUGCAAGAAGCAAUCUUCACCAUGAAUCCCGAAACAACACAGACGGAGAUGCUCUUUUGUUCCACCGUGGUGGGUUUGCCAUUCUUGAUCCCUCCCAUGCUUUUAACAGGGGAACUAUUCAGAGCUUGGAAUUCUUGUUACCAGCAUCCUUAUGUGUAUGGCGUGUUGGUCUUUGAAGCCAUGGCCACGUUUGUAGGCCAGGUCUCUGUUCUCUCCCUAAUUGCUCUUUUUGGAGCUGCAACCACAGCCAUGAUUACAACGGCAAGAAAAGCGGUAACAUUAUUGCUUUCAUACAUGAUAUUCACAAAACCAUUAACUGAGCAGCACGGGACUGGACUUCUUCUGAUUGGGAUGGGAAUCACAAUGAAGCUCUUGCCUGAAAACAAACCACCGCAGAGGCUUCCUAAACCAGCUCCCUCCACUCAAAUGACCACAAAUGGGAAACAGGAAGAAGAUGGUGAUGAAGAGAAGAGGCCAUUGGUCUGAUCUGAUGAGACAACACCUUUAUUACUCUUUUUUUUUUGGUUCAUUUAUAUUGUUCAACUGUUAUAAGGCAAGAAUAGGAAACAGUGCUAAGUAUGCUUGUAGAUUUAGGCUUCUUUUAUUUAUUUUCAAUUCUUUGUAUUGGUGAAGUGGGAUAAGAAUUACUGACCACAUGUUUUCUUCUAAAAAAGUCAUAGAGAGAGAGAGAGAGAGAGAGAGAGAGAGAGAGAGAGAGAGAAUAGUCUGCUUCUGUAGUGGGGGGCUGCCUUUGAUUGUUACAUAUUUUGGGCUUUGGAAGUUGGAGUUCAAUUAUCCUAACACCCCAAAACGAAAAAGCUUAUUAAUUUGAUAUUUUUUUAUUUUA